AUGGGGCCCACGAUCUUGCAGUCCCCUGCAAAGAACCUAACGAGGGAAGCGGAUAGAUUCCCGACCGAGGAUGGGAGGGUGCCUUCGAAUGGAUUGUUGGAUAUCUCGAGAACCUCGAGCUUUUGGCAACCGGACAGUGAGGAUAUGAACGUAAGUUCCCGGGUGGCGGUUAAGUUGUUCUCCCAAAGCCGAAGGGCUUCAAGGUUCGCGAGGCUGCCGAAAUCGGGCACGGGCCCGCUGAACCAGUUUUUGUUGAGCUCUAGUUUGAUGAGGGCCGAGGCAUUAGCGAUGGAGCCCGGGAUUGGGCCCGUGAGCUCGUUGAAGUGUAUGAUAAG